CAUUGGUUGUCCCAUGAAGAGAAUGAAGAGAAGCCAUAGUUGAAAGAUUAGGAAUUGUCAACUACUUUUCCAAUUCAUUGUACCUCAAUUAACCCAUUGACGCAUGGGCACGUCAUGUCGCAGGCCCACCUUAGAUUUCAGCCAAUCUAAAAACGACUUCUCGCCUCAUUCCCCUUCCCCAAAAAUUUAGAGAAACAACAAAUAAAAAAUAAACAAAAGUAGCCAAAAAUAAGAAAAGCAACAAAUAAAAUGAAACAAGAAAGCCAAAAACAAACACCAUUUCUUCCUUUCCAUCUGCUUCCAUAAGAUCCGAUCGAUCCUAUAGCCAUUUUCCCUUUCUUCUCUCUUCUCUUCCGGUUUCUGCUUUUGUUUCCAUCUCCUUCUCACGCUUCAAUACAUAUAUUGGCGGCGGUUGGUGGUGGAUGGCAAGAACCAAUAAGUAUGCCUCUAUUAACUUCAAUCAUGUUUAUGAGAAGAAUCUGACCAACGGCGGCGCUGCCAACGGCAACGGCAAACACCCAUCGUCGGCCCCAUCUCUCUACUCCACGAUCGCUUCUCCCAAUAGCUUCAACAACCCGAACAAUCUUUACAAGAAUCAUCUCCCUUCCGCCCGCUCCCAUGGCCGAAUGCUUGUUCUGACCCGACCCACUACCAAACCCGUCUCCGCCCCGAUCAGCUCCUCGCCGACUUCGCCUUCCCCACUUGUUUCCCCUUCGAAACAGCUGCCGAUCCCGGCGCCGGCGCCGUCUAAGGUAGCUUCCGUUCAGGAGUCACUUCCGGCCGAGCCGAAUUCGGAUCAGAUUUCUCUUCGUCCUUUGGGGCGGACCGGAGGCGGUUCUUUGGUCUCUUCUCCAGCGAUUCUCGGAACCCCAUCUCCGAUUGUCGGUCAAGAGAAGGAAAGGGAGAUCGGAAGCGGAAUAGCCCUCGGAUCGCCCAAGCCGAACAAAUUUGUGCCCCCGCAUCUUAGACCUGGUUUCGUCGCUAGACAAGAAAAACCCGGACCCGAGGCGCUUCCCGGGAAGGAAACGGGUCACAGGCAGUAUCAGAAUCCGCAACAGGGCCAUGUCGGUUCUACGGACAGAUGUGGAAAUGAUGGGAGGCCAACGUCUGGCGGUGGUGGGUAUGAUAGGACGAGGAGAUUUGUAGGCGGCGAUGCGGAGCCCGGCUUAUUGAAUCGACCUCGAUCCGGUGGGAGCCGACCCAGUUCUAGUGGAUGUACUAAACUUAUGGAUGCUGAGUGCGAAGUUGCGUUCUUUCUGAGGUACAAGCUUCUUUCUGGCUACUUCGGUGGAGGAUUUCAUACGGAGCCCUGAUACUUUGGCUUGCUUCAUCAAUUCAUAAACAGACGACUGCUAUUAGAACUGCGAGGAAGAUAGGAUUCAACCUGAUGCCUUCUGGAUUUCUUGAAUCCCCUGGAAACUAGAUCGAGUGAUAGGAAAACGAAGUCCAAGGGAUCUAUAGGGGGGCUCAAUCAUCCUUCUUGCUUUGGUAAUUUGAUCUUUUACCCACACUCUGUCCAAAACCAACUUUGGGUUCCUUUGGAGUGUUGGAAAUUCUAUUUCUCGGUGUGUUUUCUUUCUUUUCUUGUUCUGUUCCAAGUCAAUUGCUUAACAUCGCAAGAUACUUUGGAGUGGUGGUAAAGCUAUCUUCUGUUCAUGCCGCCCACUCUGUUACUCUUCUACUCGUGGAUUCAAUGUACAAGUUCUUCGCAUAUGCUUGUUUUAGUUAGGAGAUUCUGUGAAAUGGAGGGUUGUGUAAUGAGCAGGAAGGAACAGCAGGAAAUCGUGCCUAGUUCACAAAUUCAUUUCAACCCAGGUUGUGAAAUGUGGUUUCUUCUAUCUCUGUCCCUGAAUGUGAUUGUGUUUCGGUUGAAUUGGGAAGAUGGGAUUGUCCAUUCGUGUUGUAUGCUAUCGAAUAACUUUUAGUGGCAAGGGAACAAAAUAUAAAACAUUGUGGUUGGCAAAUGAGUAGUUGGUAUUUUUCAUCAUGAUUAGCAAGCUUAAGUCUACCGUAUGUAUUUUUUAUGGUGUUUGAUAUUUCAAUUUUCAUAGUAGA